GAAAAGGCUCGGCUCUGGCGCCCCUCAUAUGGCGCUGCUUCGCACAUAAUGUAAACGGUCCGGGCGGGCGUAUCAGCUUUCACCGUUUUUUACCGAAGAGCAAUUGAAAUCAAUGACCACGACUAAAAAAAAAACACCACCCCGUCACACUCUGGGAGGGUGUGCGCAUGCGCGGGAAACCGCCACCCUUAUCCCAGUUUCGGCCUUUCGUCAGCGGCAGUCGUGGAAUGUACGUCCUGCGUACGCGGUGACGUUAGCGCGCUUGCGGAAAGAAGGCUCUCCCGCCGCUGCCGUGGUUGAGAACAGGAGGAGGAGGAGGCGGGGCGGGGCUUAGGCCCCUCCCACUUUAUCCGCCGCGUUGGCCACGAGAAGAAAGAACCGACGGAAAGGAGGGAAGACGCUCGUCAGCAGCAGAAGCAGCGGCGGCGGAAGAGGAGGUCGGCGGUUUCUGCUGGCCAAGUCGGGAUGGGCUUGAUAUUUGCCAAGCUGUGGAGCCUUUUCUGUAACCAGGAACACAAAGUGAUAAUUGUGGGCCUUGACAAUGCUGGAAAGACCACCAUUCUAUACCAGUUCCUGAUGAACGAGGUGGUCCACACUUCUCCCACUAUAGGAAGCAAUGUUGAAGAAAUAGUAGUUAAAAACACCCAUUUCCUCAUGUGGGAUAUUGGAGGACAAGAGUCUUUAAGAUCGUCCUGGAAUACCUAUUAUUCAAACACAGAGUUUAUUAUCCUUGUAGUGGACAGCAUUGACCGAGAGAGACUAUCUAUCAUAAAAGAAGAACUAUACCGAAUGUUGGCACAUGAGGAUUUGCGGAAGGCUGCAGUUCUCAUCUUUGCAAAUAAGCAAGAUAUGAAAGGCUGUAUGUCGGCAGCUGAAAUUUCCAAGUACCUCACCCUUAGUUCCAUAAAGGAUCACCCGUGGCACAUUCAAUCCUGUUGUGCGCUAACGGGAGAAGGAUUGUGCCAAGGCCUGGAAUGGAUGACUUCCCGAAUAGGAGUAAGAUAACUUCUUUUCUGGAGUCAAAGUGACACUUUCCUAUGGACAAACUCAUUUGCGGUACACUUGGCUGCUGAGGCAGCAACAAAUUUAACUUAAAACUUCUGAAACCUCCACAAGCAACACUUGAAUCAAGUGCAGCUGAACUUAAACUCAAAAGUAUUUUUUAACAUUUUUAAAAUGCACUAAUCUUGGAUGGAUGAACAAGUGGGACUAUAUGAAAGCUCUCCUAUAUAAGCUAAAUGACUGCCUUGUAACAAUUUGCCAUUGAAAAUGCUCCUUAUUCUUGCUGCUUACGGUAAUAGCCUCUAACAUAGGUCGGUCUCCUUCCUUUCCUGUUUCUAUGCUGCAACAAUUAGCUUUAAGAAUCCUAAGGUUAUGGGUACUAAAGUCAACGUGUUUCCAGGUGAUCGGGAGUUCAAAUAUUGAUGCACACUACAGGAAUUCUCUAACAUUGAAAGUUAUUUAUUUGCUGUUGUUGCCUUUUUGUUUAUGUAUUGCAUUUUAUGACUUGGUGAACAUACACCUUUUUUAAAAGAAAAACCUUAAAUUGACUGCUAAGUGUUUUAUAUAUUCGGUUUACCUGACUUUUUUGUUUGUUUUUGUUUUUAGUAAAUCAGUGAAUAUGCUGCAUGUUGGCAAGGGGGACAAAUUGAUUGCAUUGUGUUUUAGCAAUGCAGGUUUGAAUAGGGGAAAGUGUUCAAAUAAGUGGAAGCAUGUCUUCUCUAACAACAUUGUUUCGUAAUAGUGCGUGAAAGCCAAACAUUCAGCAUUGUAUUUGUUAUUUUCUGUAUUACCUAACCUUCAUCCUUAGGUGCCAAGGAGCAUUGCAACCAUUUAAAAUAAAGCAGUAAAACGGCUCACAAUCACAAAAAUAGGAUGGGUCCUACGAAGUAUACAUCUCAGGGUGUCAAAGGCAGAUGAGGAGUUAUGUCUUCUGCCCCAAAAAUGUAUAGUGAAGGAAGGAGGGAAUUCCACAACUUGGGGUCUGCCACAGUGGAUGUGCUCCCGUAGGCCACUGCACCCCUGUCUUAGGGUGGUUGAAGUACGCCUCUGCCAAUCUUAACAUACAAGAGGAUCUGUAGAGAAGGAGGUGGUCUUUCAGAUAUCUGGGCCUGAGAUCUUUAGGGCUUUAAACACUUAACAUGAGCACCCUGAAUUGGACCCGGAAACAAACUGGCAAACCAACGUGGUGUUUUUAAGGUCUUGUGUGAAAUCUAAAUGGAACCUCAGCCAGUAAUCUGGCUGCUGCAUUUUGGACCAGUUGUUUUCAAGGGCAGCCGCACAUAGAGGGCAUUGCAAAGAUCCAAUCUGUAAGUCUCUAGAACAUGGAGUGCAGUGGCCAAGUCAUUUCUGUGAAAAAGGGACUGUAGAUGGCGAGCCAGCUGGAGGUGGGAAAAGGCACCCCUCGCCACUGAGGCCUCCAGUAACGGGUCUCAGUCCAGGAGCACCCCCAGGCUGUGGACCUGCUCCUUCCAAGCAAGUGCAAUCCUUUGGAAAAGCCACAUUUCUCUGGAUAUUCCGCUUCUCGUCAGUGAAGUUCUACAAUCGGAUUCUGAAUGAUUGUGGCACAGAAACCGUUUAUUUGAAUUGCGUAUGUAAAGUAUGCACACACCUUGAAAAAUGUGUGUGAGGCCUAGCUACAUCUCCAUUGGAGAGAAUUAGAGCAAAAAGUACGCUUGAAAAUAACUACUCUGUUGGCACAAAUUGAACAGGCUUUUCGACAAAAAGCAUUAACUAAUGCAUUAAAGUGGUUUGCUUCGUCGUCGUCCCCACACCAAGAAAUCACUGUACAUUUUUCAGUAACAGUCUUCUGUGGUGUUUUUAAAAACCAUUUUGUCUGCCUUCUAUAAUGUCAGUUGAUUCCCCUCUCGGUUGAUUUCUGUCUUAAGCCAAUGCUGGUGAUCUGACACUUAGCAUUACAUGAAAGCUCUUGUAUUCAGUACUUCCCUGAAAUGCCAGACAACUUCAGAGGCUGCAGAACAGCUGCCCUUUGUGGCUUAACUUGUGUGUGGAGUGGGGUAGAAAUACUGCAUUGCAACUGGGGAUGAACUGGAUUUCCAUUGGGUUCAUUUUUCUCCCAGUGAAGGUGACAUACUUUCGUGCGCACAGUUUUUUUCUCUCCAGGCCGCCCCCCCCCCGGGGGGGGCAAAUGGUGUUCUGUAAGAAAAUAACACCUCACACUUUGGAAUUGUGGUCUCCCUCAGCAAUUCAGUUUGAAAGCAAUUGUUGUUUGCCUCUGUUGUUGGAAUGUGUAAGGGGUGAACUCGUGUCAGUUUGCCUUCUUUCUGUUCAGCUGUAGCAUGCCAAACAAUGGUACAGUAGCUUUCAUCACUGGGCUUGUCAAAAACAAACAAACACAUGCAGUGAGAUCUGGGCCUUUUUCUCUUAAUGGUGUCAACUCCUUUGACUUGCACUGUCGAAUAUAGGCACAUGUUCCUGUAAAAUCAGAUGUGCAAUAUUAUAUUUGCUGAAAGCCACACGCGGCAAGAGUUAGAGGUAUAAGCUAAGCAUCAAACCGAAGACCUUGGUUGGGAUUAGAUUAAGCUGCCUUAUAUGUGUGAUGCUCCUUGUUCCUAUAGCCCAGUAUUGUUGACUUGGGCAGGGGUCUUUCUCAUCACCUGCAACCUAUUCCUUGUUUAAGCUGGCAAUGCCUUGGGUUGAAUUUAGGACCUUCUGCAUGCAAAGCAUGUAUUCUGUUCAGCUAUGGUUCCUCCCUGUGUAUGUUUUCAUAUCUACUGAAAUAUAUUUAGAACUUUUUUCUUAGCAUCUUAACUAAUACAUUUCAAAUGAAGUCUAUUUCUGAUCUUAGUCCCUGGUCAUAAAAAAAUAAAAUUCUUCAGGGAUGUUUGUGCUAAAUUGGAAGAGAUUUUUCUUUACUGGUACUACCUGUCUGUUGAGAAUACCAUGAUUUUUCCAGUUUGUCCUGCCUUCUUCAUCUUGGCUUUGCUUAAGAGCUGCACAGGAACUGUGAAUUUACCAUUAGGCAAGGAAGCAUUCAGUGUUUAAGCUGUACUUAUGAUGCCACAGGGUUUGAAAAACAUGGCCCUUUUUGUCCAAAAUAAUGUUUUGUCAUUUGAUCACUCACAUGGAAGUGUGGUUUAUCAAUCUUGUACACUUUUAUAACAAAUGAUCAGCAUGGUAUUGCAAUGUAAUUAUUUUGUUGGGGUGAAUUAAAGUGCUUGGCUGUGUAAAGCAAGACUUAUGUUUUUUACGCUUACAAAUACUGCUAGUGCAAUAUUUACUCUGAAAAGGGCAAGAAGAGAAGUGGGGACUGAUUUGCCAGUAAAAGAGCUCUGCCAGGGGGCAUAUAUACAGUAAUUUUGCAUGCAUGUAAACUGGCUCUUUGGACUGGAACCGUUACAUCUAUUUUUAACUUUGGUGUGUUGCAAUUUGAAUAUUUCAACGGUGAAAAAUUAGUUGCACCAUUUCAAUUGAAAAAAGAACACAGAACCAGCAUUAAGGAAAAAAAACAUGAUGAGGGAGAGUGGAGAUGAGUGCUCAAUUCUGGGCUUCUCAGUAAAGAGAGUCUAAUUCCAGUUUUCGUGGCCUGAUCUCACAAACACUCAGGGCUAUUUGAAUGAACAACCUCUUGCCUACAGAACAGGGACUCCCUCAACUCAAAUCCCCACUGUAUCAGUCUGCCAUAUCACCCUGGCAAACUUAUGGCACUCUACGUUUUCACCAUACUGCCCUUCCUGUGUGACUCUAGGACACAAACUAUCCCCUUUUCCUUAAAUAAGUUUUGCCCUUUUCUGAGUCUCCACCUCUGUGAGUUUUAAUACGCUGCUGGAAUAACCAAGACGAUACUCUUUGGCACAAAAAGAAGAUGAAUUUUAUUUUCUUGAGAACAUAGGUUUUUCUUUUCUUAACGAUGCAUAAGUUUACAAGCUUAGUUACAGUUAUACAUUAACUCUGUCAGACUUUAGCUUCAAGUUAUCCUAAGCCUAACCUAAACCACCACUAUCCUGGCCCCACAACCUUCUUCCCUCUUCUUCACCACACUCUUCCUCUUCCAACUGCCAAAAUUUUAAACCGGGCACUGUCCUGCCUCCUAAAGAUGUACUGUCAGUUAAGCUGGAGGUGGAUUAACUCUUUCUAAUCCAGGGUGUAAUAAAUCUUCCAUCCUGGGGCUAAUCCGUUACACCCUCCAUGAAUUGGAGGGAUAACUUCUAAGAACAUAAACACCUUGCUGGAUCAGGCCAAAGGCCCAUCUAGUCUAGCAUCCUGUUUGCACACUGGGUAUGUGAAGCCUGCAAGCAGGACAUGAGUGCAAUAUGUGAAUAUGUCUGAUCUUUUAAAGACUAUCCAAGUUUGGUGAUCGUCCCUACCUCCUGUGGGAGUGGAUUCCAUAGAAACCUACUCUAUUCCAGUAGGGUGCCUGUGAUUCCCCCUCCCCCCCCCAAUGAUUAUGCCUCCAACUUGUGAAGGGCAACUGCAGUGGUGGGUAGAAAUAGCAUACUAAUCCUUACUCUUCAUCAUCCCAUGAGGGAUUUAUAAUGUCUGACUAGGGCUGAAGUCCAGCAAGAAUGCCCUUGUGUGAUAAAGAAUUAGCCGACAGUGCUUAAUUACCAAAGCUUCUCUUUAGAAUACAAGCUUUUGUAGAAAUGAUGCUUAGCUUGUAAGCUGGACAAUGUGACUUAGACCAUUGGCCCACCUAACUCAUUAUUGUCUACACUGGCAGGUAAUGGCUCUCCAGGGAUUCAGAUGAGGGACAUUCCCUGAAACCUUCUGCAUGCAAACUGAUGCUCUUCUGCAUAGCACUUUUUCGUUGAUCACUUGGUAAAAUUCUGGAGUACAUCAGAACUUGAUCUAAGAAUGUGUUUGAAAAAGGAUCUUUUUCGUCUUUUCUUUUGAAAGUGUGUUAUGGUUUUAUUUUACACUGCGUAUGUCAGAAGGUGUUUUCAAGAGCUAAGAGGUAAAGCUGGAGAGGUGCUAUAUCCAAAAAUGUACACAUCUCUGAGUAGUCCAGAUAACUGAACAGAUGUGGGACCUUAAACUGAUCCUUUCCCCGCAGGGUGGACGAAGGACCUUCUAGCACUCACUUGGUUUUGUUGCUGCUUCAGUUUUGUAAAGUUUAAGGUUUAGAGUAGCUUUAUCUGACACCCAAAAAAUAGUAUAAACUUUUCCAUUCCAGCAAGGCAGCAUGAAUUUGCCAGUUACUGCAAGUGCUAGUUAACCGACUGCAAUCUCAGGUACGUCUUUUUAGAAGGAAGUCCUACUGAGUUCAGUGACGUCCCUCAGGUAGGGUAAAUGUUUGUGCAUUCACAGCCUUAGUCUUUACACUGGUAGCGGAAUGACUGCCUGUGCUGCGUUCCAUAGGACGAUGUGCUGUCUCAGAGACAAUUUUACAUAUUCAAGCAACCUUUCCCCAUGAGGGUAAUGGAAGUGAGUUGGCAAGCCUUUGCUCACACCAUGAAUAUCCUGCUGUAUGUGUACUUGUGGUGUGCAUGUGUUUCAUCUUCCAACCUUAAGUACUGUGGUGCUGCUUCAAUAGCUUAAACGCAUGACUUAGAACAGGCAUCCCCAAACUUCGGCCCUCCAGAUGUUUUGGACUACAAUUCCCAUCUUCCCUGACCACUGGUCCUGUUAGCUAGGGAUCAUGGGAGUUGUAGGCCAAAACAUCUGGAGGGCCGCAGUUUGGGGAUGCCUGACUUAGAAUUAUCUAAGCUGUAUGUUUUUUCCCCAUCUUGAGGACUACCAUGGCAAGGAAUUGAGGAAAGCCCCUUUUUAUCGUGAGCCAAAUCAUUUUAAACAUGGUAAUAAGUUACAUGGU